AUGAGUCCAAUCGCUUUAACGAAAAAUCUUGGAUCUGACAUGCUCCUCGUCGCAUUUGCAUUGUGCAUUCUGAUUGACAUCAAUCCAGGUGUUGAAGCAAAAAGCUUCGCAGCAGGUGCUGGACGUUUUCCUUGCGAGGUUGGCUGCCAGGAAAUUUAUGAACCCCUCUGCGGCACUGACGGCAAGACGUAUGAAAACAAGUGCACCUUGUUCGUAGAAAACAAUUGCGAUGACACUUCUCCCAACAGAAUCCGUAAGGCGUACGACGGUGAAUGCAAAGCGAAUGCAGGCUACCCCGAUCGUGAAACUUGCAUCAAGGAAGCCCUGAAGGACUGUAUUGGUCUUCAAGUGAUAAUUUGUGGAACAGACGGAAACGUCUACCGCAACACGUGCGAACUGAUGGCUAAAAACAAGUGUGAUGGCACUUCGGUCGGAGAAGCACCUUCCUCCCACUGCCAGCAAUGA